AUGUCCAAGAAACGUACAUACCUGGAUUUAUAUGUACAAUAUGGUUUUGACUUCAUUGUUGUGGAUGGUGUGGAGAAGCCUCAGUGUCUGCUGUGCUCAAAAGUUCUUGGAAAUGGGUCACUGAAACCUUCAAUAUUGAAACAGCAUCUGGAAGCUACAAAUCCUGCCCAUGCAUCUGAUGACCGUGCUACAUUUGAGGCAAAGAGAGCUAGGUUUAGGGCUGCAGGAACACUGCCCAAACUUGGCUUCGUAUCUGAGAAGAAACCAACGCUUGCAGCUUCCUAUCAUGUAGCGAUGCGAAUAGCAAAGGCAAAGAAACCUCAUGACAUAGCCGAGAAGCUGAUUAAACCUUGUGCCUUAGACAUGGUUGAACAUGUAUGUGGGAAUAACGAAAAACAGAAGAUUCAAGCUAUUCCCUUUUCUAAUGACACGAUUCAUCAGCGUAUUAUAGAAAUGUCGCAAGAUAUUUGUCAACAACUUAUUGAACAGUUCAAAUCUAGUCCAGCAAAAAUUUCUUUGCAACUUGAUGAAUCCUGUGAUGUAGCCAAUUUUUCACAUCUUCUUGUUUUUGUCCGUUACAUAUGUGGAAAAGAACUAAAAAAUUAA